CUCAAGCAGACUUGAGAGAAAACAACUCUUUUUCCGUGGAAUUAGUUAUAAAAAGAGUAAUGAUGCUGCAAGCUGCGUAGGUUCCUGAUUUUAUUAGUGAAGGGCCUGUACACUUUGCUGGAAGAACACUGGCUGGCGCCGUCACCUCUAUUGGGCUAACUGCUGUGACUCUCCAGACCUAACGAAGCUGGUUAGUGAAGAAUGUUGUCAGAAGGGUAUCUCAGUGGACUUGCCUACUGGAACAAUGUACACUGGAGCUGUGCAUCUUGUAACGAGCAGGUGGCUGGGGAAAAGCAAGAGGAGACAAAUUCUAUUGCUGCUCUCUCCUAUUCCUCAAUGGAUGAAACACAAGUCAGAAGUGUCUAUGUGAGUUGCAAAUCCUCUGAGAAGUUCAUUCCUUCAGUGCAUUCAAGAGAGAACCAACACAGAAAUCAGAGAGUCACUGUGUUACAGACAAAUCCCAAUCCUGUGUUUGAAAGUCCAAACUUGCCUGCAGUUGAAAUAUGUAGAGACCCGAGCAGAGAGACCUAUUUGGUUCCAUCUUCCUGCAAAAGUAUCUGCAAGAAUUACAAUGACUUACACAUUGCUGGUGGGCAGGUGAUGGCUAUUAACUCAGUGUCAACUGACUUCCCUUCUGAGAGCAGUUUUGAAUAUGGUCCUUUGCUGAAGUCAUGUGAGAUUCCUUUGCCCAUGGAGGAGUCCAUUUCCACUCAGCCCAGUGACUUUCCCUUAAAACCUAUCCAGCGGUACUCAUCUUACUGGAGAAUAACAAGCAUUAAAGAUAAAAGCAGUCUGCAAAUGCAGAAGCCUAUGUCGAAUGCAGUGCUGAAUGAGUACCUGGAGCAAAAGGUGGUGGAGUUAUAUAAGCAGUACAUUAUGGACACUAUGUUUCAUAACAGUUCUCCCACUCAGAUUCUGGCAUCUGAGCUUAUCAUGACAAGUGUAGACCAAAUUAGUCUUCAAGUAUCUAAAGAGAAGAAUCUGGAGACCUCAAAAGCUAAGGAUAUAGUCAUUAGCCGCCUAUUACAGUUGGUGUCAACUGAGAUCAGCACUCCUAGUCUUCAUAUUUCUCAGUAUAGCAACAUGAAUCCAUAG